AUGUCUCAACAACAAUCAUCCAAUAACAAUUCAACAUUACGAGAAAUAGAAGAAUUCUUUCAGAACGAAGGAAUGUAUCAAAUGAAUACGCCACCGUCGCACCAACAAACCCUGGUUCAAGAUAAUAGUACGUCGGAAAGUGUUUCACUUGUAAGUGAAACACCUGGUCCCUUGAAUAUUGCUUUUAUCGAUGAUACUGCUGCUGCUGCUGUUGUUGUUGCCGUUGCCGUCACCGAACAACAACAACAACAACAACACGACCACGAAACAGUCAAUUUAUGUACAACAAAGAAACCAACUAUGUCAUCAACAGGUACAAUGCCAAGAACACCUGUAACAAUGGUAUCGACAGGCAUGAUGACCGACGCUUCAACACAGACCGUUUCGAUAGGAACAAUGCCAGCAAGUCCUAUCGUCAUUGAUAUCGUUUCGCCUACAGUGGAAACUAUUGAUUUAGUUUCACCUAAAAUUGAAACUAUUGAUUUAUGUUCACCGAAUUCGCCAGCCAAUGAACAUGGCCAUUCUUCAGCUGCAACACCAAUUCUACCACCACAAUAA